CUCUGGCUCCUUCCCUGAGGCCCUGGGGACUCACCCUUGCUGGAGUCCUGGGUAUCUAGGAAGUUGGGGAGGAUGGGGCCCCAGCUGCAGGGACAAGAUCAUACUGCUGAGGACCCAUUGACCCCGUUGGUCCUAUAUGCCCCCCUCACAGCCCCAGAGGCCUGACCCCUGCCCUCCACGUACACUCUGACCCGGGGAGGCGCCAGCUGAAACCCGAACUCCUACUGAGCGCAAACCUGACCCCCCAGGAAGCUCCCAGAACACAAGAGCCUCCUUCACCUAGACACCUGCAGCUUAUGUGAGCUGCUCCAGCCCCCUGGGGUCCUGGCUUUACUUAUCAGAGAUAAGAGUGGGUUGAGGUGAGGGUAGAAGAGCUAGAACAAUGGGAAGAGGAGGGGGAUGGGCGAGCCACAAACUAGGGCAGCGUCUGCAGGGCAGAGGCUGAGGGAGCCAAGGUUGGGGAUGGGGGCUGAAGAGAGAGCCCCAGGCGGCAGACUUCCCAUACUGGACUCGCCACAGGCUGGCGCAGGGCCUGGACCCCCUGUCCUGAGCCUGCAUUUUGCCCUCAGGCGUCCUAGACCAGGUCCUGGGCCUUGGUGUCCUGUUACUAAGGAGAGUGCCCAUCACUUUCUGGGAGUCUAGGCUGGGGUGUGAGGGGGCCAGGUGGAGGGCUGGGAGGCAGGGGCAUGGAUGGGCCCCACCCUCGUAGUUCUCUGUAUUGGGCUUUUGUUUGAUGAGCAGGUUGGAAUAAUGGUCUGGAUGAUCUGGCGGCCCCAUCCUCUCACAGACGCCCCCCCAUCCCCCCACCCCCGCUGAGGCUGAGUGCCUGGGACGGAGGCAGGGAGACCUGGGCUUCCCCUUGGCUGCCCUGCUUGAGCAUCUUUAAAGGACUCCACCCCACCCCACCCCAGUUUCUCCUGUGCAGCCUCUGACUUCUUGGUUCAGGCACAGGGACUGGGUGCCCUGUGCUGAGGCUGGAUCGGGCUCUCGAAGAUGCCUCACGAUGGCCUCCCGAAUAGAGGGGAGGGUGAUGAUGGCCUCGCCGUGACUGGGGGGGGUCCUGCUGGUGCAGGCAGGGCUCGGGCGGUUGGGCCUGUAGAACUGGGCGGUGCGCUGCAAGGCGGCACUCUGGGAACCCUGGUUUUCUAACUGGGAGGGGAGGUGGAGCGAAAUGAGGAGCAAGGCCCUGGAGGGAGGGGGAGCCCUGCAGGCAGGGGGACAGGCGACGCCUCCUGUGAGGUGUAACCGGACCCCUCCGACCUGCCGGACGCAGGGUGUCUGCGGUCCUGACCCCAGGGCCUAUUUCUCCACUUCCCAGGGCCCGGUCCUUCACAUAAGGCCGCGGCAGGCUGGGCCAUGGGCUGGGCCCGUGGCCAUGGCCUUCACGGACCUGCUGGACAGCCCAGGUGGCGUGGGCCUUCUCCAGCUCGUCUGGACGGCCCUGCUGCUGCUGCCCUGUACCCUGCUGGCCUGUCACAACUUCCUGCAGAACUUCACAGCCGCCAUGCCCGGCCACCACUGCCGGGGCCCCGUCAACCACACUGUGGCCGCCACCAACCGCUUGGGGGGCUGGCGGAGGGCUACCGUACCCCUGGACCAGCUCGGGGCCCCCGAGCCAUGCCGGCGCUUCACGGAGCCUCAGUGGGCCCUCCUGAGCCCCAACACGUCUGUCCACGGAGCGGCCACGGAGGGCUGCAAGGACGGCUGGGUCUAUGACCGCAGCGUUUUCCCGUCCACCAUCGUGAUGGAGUGGGAUCUGGUGUGUGAGGCCCGCCCCCUCCGCGACCUAGCUCAGUCCAUCUACAUGGCCGGGGUGCUGGUGGGCGCCGCCGUGUUCGGCAGCCUCGCGGACAGGUUGGGCCACAAGGGCCCUCUGGUCUGGUCGUACCUGCAGUUGGCAGUUUCGGGGGCGGCCACAGCCUACUUUGGCUCCUUCAGUGCCUACUGCGUGUUCCGGUUCCUGAUGGGCAUGACCUUCUCCGGCAUCAUCCUCAACUCCCUCUCCCUGGUCGUGGAGUGGAUGCCCACCCGGGGCCGGACCGUGGCGGGGGUCUUGCUGGGGUACUCCUUCACCCUGGGUCAGCUCAUCCUGGCCGGAGUGGCAUACCUGAUCCGCCCCUGGCGGUGGUUGCAGUUUGCUAUCUCUGUUCCUUUCCUCAUCUUCUUCCUCUAUUCUUGGUGGCUGCCAGAGUCAUCCCGGUGGCUCCUCCUCCAUGGCAAGUCGCACCUAGCUGUGGAGAACCUGCGGAAGGUGGCCGUUAUGAAUGGGAGAACGGAGGAAGGGGAGAGGCUGACCACAGAGGUGGUGAGCUCCUACAUCCAGAGUGAGAUUGCAAAUGUGCACACCUCCAACUCCAUCUUGGACCUCUUCCGAACCCCGGCCAUCCGAAAGGUCACGUGCUGUCUCAUGGUGGUCUGGUUCUCCAACUCCAUGGCUUACUACGGGCUGGCCAUGGACCUGCAGAAAUUUGGACUCAGUGUAUACCUGGUGCAGAUCCUGUUCGGAGUCAUAGACAUCCCGGCCAUGCUAGUGGCCACCACCACCAUGAUAUACGUGGGCCGCCGGGCCACCGUGGCCUCCUUCCUCAUCCUGGCUGGGCUCAUGGUGAUCGUGAACAUGUUUGUGCCAGAAGAUAUGCAGACCCUGUGCACGGCCCAGGCAGCACUGGGCAAAGGCUGCUUGGCCAGCUCCUUCAUCUGUGUGUACCUGUUCACCGGAGAGCUGUACCCCACAGAGAUCAGGCAGAUGGGGAUGGGCUUUGCCUCGGUCAAUGCCCGCUUUGGGGGUCUGGUUGCGCCCCUGGUCACCACACUCGGGGAGUUCAGCGCCAUCCUGCCCCCCAUGGGCUUUGGGGCCACUUCGAUCCUGGCUGGGCUGGCUGGCUGCUUCCUGGCUGAGACCAGCAACGCGCCCCUGGUGGAGACCAUCGAGGCCAUGGAGAGGAGAGUCAAAGGAGGUCUUUCCAAGAAGGAUGUGGAAGAGAAGAGGGAAGAAAUUUCUCUCCAGCAGCUGGGAGCUUCUCCCCUCAAAGAAAUCAUCUAAGCUGCCACAAGCCUGGUGCUUGCUGGCAGCCCCUCAUCUGGUCUCCAGACACCCCUGGGGCUUUUCCUGACACUGAUGGGGGUGAGGUUGGCCAAGGGCCGUGGUGGCUCUGGGGGUCCAGGCCAAAGAGCUGCUCACAAGCCAGGGCUGUGGUUGCUGGAAGGAAACUGCCACCAGCAGCCAAUUGGCAUCACAAACAUGGAGAAAGUCAAGAGGAACCAGGGACCCUCCAUGUCCAGGGACCAAAGGAGGAACUGUUUUCCUUUCCCAUCCCCAUACCUGUCCCCUUAAAACCUCUGUUCAUUCUUGUUCUACCUCCAAACAUUGUGUCUUUGCAAGGUUAAAGUGGCUGACAUUUGUGCCCCUUGGCUGUCCCUGGGACAGCCCCACCCAGCUUGUCCUUGAGAACUCAUUCUGCUCCACACCUUCGGCAUUUACUCUGUCUUGCCGUAUAUACAAUUAAAGUUCUCUUCCCCUGGUUGUGUAUGACUUACCUUCUCAACUAGCAAAUGUGGCAUUUGCACAUGGCACGUGCUUAGUGAGUAGUUGGUGAAUAUGUGAUGAGCCAGACUCAGGCACUGGAUAGAGACCUCUACCCCUCACCGGCAUUCCUGGCAAUACCACCUUGCAGAAACAGGAUGUGGCGUGGUUCUCCAAACGUCUCACAGAGAGACGAAUUCCUGGUAUCCCUCUGACCUCAGAUCCAUUUCCAGUCCAGAUGUUGGACAGGUGCCUGCACCCCUGGCCUUGCCCUUCAGUGUAAUUCAGAUUGGAUCCAUGAGGGAUUCAAAUCCUGGCUCUCUGAGUAGUCUUGAGCACAUUUCCCUGUCUGAUCCCUUCCUCCUGGAAUUGCCAGAGAAUCCAUGAGAUCAGGGCUCCACCCCUAAAGCUCAAGAAAAAAGCGCAAUCUGGGGAAAAAGUAAAAAUAUCACAGUUUGGGCAGGAACCACUGCAACAUGUCCUUUUGCCAACAUCAUCUUUCAGCAGCUUACCGCUUGGAACAGAGCUUGAAUGCGAAUCCUCCAAAAAGCUGUCCCAAGGCAUGAGCCUUGAUGCACUAAACCCUCAGUCCCUCCCAUAGAUUUAACCGCUCAUUCGGCGAUCCUUUGUGUGUUUCCUUUCUUGUUUGAGUUGUUCUCAACCCACAGCCCUCAGCAGAUCAGUAAAUUUGAAAGGCGUCCUUUAAGAUUCACCUUGGGAGUCACCUCCUCCAGGCAGCAGCAUUCCCUGACCUCCCCUGCCUGCCUCUGGGCUCUCGUGAGUCCCUCCUCACAUUCUCCCUGCUGUGCUGUGAUGGGUUCAUUACAUGCUGAUCUAUCAUAGUGGCUCCUUGAAGACAGGUAGGUCAUCUUUGUGUGUAUCUACCACGGUCCACCUCACAGUAGGUACUCAGUUCGUGUUGCUGGAGUGGAUGAAAUAGUCAUGAGGAUUAAAAAACAAAACAAAACAAAAACACGUGACCUGUCACUGCUGGACUCUGAGGGAGGAGGCAGUAAAACAAGAUUUUGUACAUGUUUUAUUAAAAAAACAGAAUUUGGGGGCACCUAGGUGGCUCAGUCGGUUAAGUGUCUGUCUUGGGCUCGGGUCGGGAUCCCAGGGUCCUGGGCUCGAGUCCUGCAUUGGGCUCCCUGCUCCGCGGGGAGCCUACUUCUCCCUCUCCCACUGUCUCUCCCCCUGCUCGUGCUCUCUCUCUCUCUCUCUCUGACAAAUAAAGAAAAUCCUUAAAAAAAAUAAACUUUUGAGAGAAUACAACAUGCCAGGGAGAUUACUGAGGUUAUUAUAAACAAUGUCUGGACCACGCUUCAGAGCCAUAGUCCCCAGGAUCCAAAACAAUCGAAAUCAAAUGAGUCAAAGACCCCUUUGAAGGAGUCACCUUUUUAAGCCAAGCCACUCGCUCAAUGUAAUUAUGUAAUUGUACGUAAUUAUGUACAAUUGAGUUUAUGUAAUUGGGUUUCAACUUCCCCAGAAGUGUUAAUCCAGGCAUAGCAGGUGGUGGUGGCCACAACACAGCUUGCUCAACUAAGAGAUA